AUGCCAUGGCAUGCGGUGCCAUAUGACGACUCUGAGGGGCGCGAUCGCAUCCGCUCUCUCUACAAGAAGUUUCGAGUUACCUCUUUACCUCAUAUUGUGCUCCUGGACGAGCAUGGAAGGGUGUCCAACCCACAGGCGUACACUGCCAUGCUUGCAAACCCUCUGGACUUCCCCUGGAAACGAAAGAACCCUAUCCAGUUGCUUGGAAACAAGCUCGUAAAUAAUAAGGGAGAAACUCUAGACCCUGCUGAGCUUUCCGGAAAGACCGUCGGAAUUUACUUCAGUGCCUCCUGGUGUCCGCCUUGCCAGAGGUUUACACCUAAACUGGUCGAGACUGUGAAGCGGCUCAAGGAGAGGGGAGAACAGGUAGAAAUUGUCUUUGUUUCAAAUGACAGAGAUGAGGAAAGCUUCAACAAAUAUUUUGCAAAGAUGGACUGGCUCGCGGUGCCAUUCAAGGAGGUCUCGACGCGAGCUGUUGCACAAGAUGCGUUGAAUGUGCGCUCCUUGCCCACAUUGCUUUGGGUGUCCCCCUCUGGGGAGGUUCUGACUCGGCGUGGCGUUGCUGCACUCCUCAAGGACGAGGAGGGCUCCCUCUUUCCCUGGAAGGAGAAGGCCGUCAAGGACCUUGACGAGGCCCUCGAUGCUGUGUCUGAGCAGCCUGUGCUGCUCGCAUUCCUCGAUGCUGCAGACGAACAAACGCACCAGAAAGUCAAGGAGGUUCUGGAGGAAACGGCAGCAGCUUUGGAAGAAACCGAGGGUGGAGAGGCCCUUGGCCCCGUUCCUCAUUUCCUAACGGCACGAAAGGGUUCCCCGAGUACUACGGCGCUGAGACAGAUAUGCAAAGAAGGUUUGCCGGCCGAAGGUACAGGCCAGCAGGUCUCUCUGUUGAUUUUGGACGCGUUUAGCCAAAAGGUGUAUGGGUACCCCAAGGCCGCCGAGGCGGUCACCAAGGAGGACCUGUUGGCCUUUAUCCGUCAAUUUCGUGAAGACGCGCUUGAGGGCAAGCCUAUCGCCCUCCCAGAGUAG